AUGCAAGCGAUCAUGAGGGGCCCUGGCAGGCCUGCCGUCGUCGACGCGCUCGAGGCAUCGAUGGCGGAGGAGGCGGAUGACUCCAAGGAGCAUGCGCGACCCAGGAAGAGGACGAGGAGGGCCUGUGACAAGUGCUCUGCCUCGAGGACAAGGUGCAAUGGCGCAUAUCCGUGGUAA